AGCGGACCAAUGGCGGCCGCCCGCGGCGCGCAGGGUGCCGGGAUGGGGUCCGCCCGCGGCGUUGGGCGCGCUCGCCAGCCCAGGGGUCGCCAUGAACGAGCGGCCCAGGCCCGAGCGAAGCCCGCGCGCGGUCACAUGGGAUCCCGACACCAUUUGGAGGAGAUUCAGAGAAGUAUGAACAGCACAAAGCACUUGGCCGCCCCCCACGGGCAUCUUCCCAGGACUCCCUUUCUAUGACACUCAUGCAUCAUCCUGCAUCCCACGUUCCCUGUGCCUCGUGUCAUCUGUACAUCAUGUGUCUACUCCCCGUGGUCAUGUCAUGGUGUUGUGUACUGGGCACGGUUGAAUAUUCCCAUCACAUGAUGGGGGAGGUAGCUGAUCCCACCACGUUCAACUGUUGGGCACUUUUGUAGUGAAUCUUGGUGCCCAAAUCUCGCAUCUUGCACGCAGUCUACCAAGUGUUCUUGAUAUAUAAAUGGCCACAGUGCUUUCCAGAAAGGUCAUGCCAAUUUAUACUCUCACCAGCGGAUCAGUCCAGAGUACAAUUGUUAAAGACAAACAACCGAAACCUCCCUGCUUAUUUUUAUUUUUACAACUUUUAAUGUUUUCUUCAGUUAUAUGUUCACCAUAGUCGGCUUGGAAAAUGUACAAAAGGCCCCUGACUGCUGAUUCUGCCCGCCUGCCACACCGGCUCUGUCCGGAGCCACUGGGACUCGGGAUCCAGUCCACACACACCCCUCAGAGGGGCCCCGUGGCCAGAGAAAUGCUUCCACGGCCCAAAGCCCCUGCCUCCCCCAGACGCCCCCAGACCCCAACCCCGAGUGAGCAGGACGCAGACCCUGGGCCAGCAAGCCCCAGGGACACCGAAGCCCAGCGUCUGCGCUUUCGGCAGUUCCAGUACCACGUGGCGGGCGGGCCGCACCUCGCGCUGGGCCAGCUCUGGACGCUGUGCCGCCAGUGGCUGAGGCCCGAGGCGCGCUCCAAGGAGCAGAUGCUGGAGCUGCUGGUGCUGGAGCAGUUCCUGGGCGCCCUGCCCAGCAAGAUGCGGACCUGGGUGCAGUCACAGGGCCCCCGAAGCUGCAGGGAGGCCGCCAGCCUGGUGGAGGACCUCACACAGAUGUGCCAGCAGGAAGUUCUGGUAUCUCUGGACUCGGUCGAACACCAGGACUGGAGUUUCGGUGAGGAGGAAGAUGGGAAGAGUCCAAGGUCCCAGAGAGAACCAUCGCAGGCAUCUGAGCUGAUUCUGGAUGCAGCGGCAGCAGCCCCAGCACUCCCUGAGGAAAGUGAGUGGCUGGAGACUACCCAGCUCUCGCAGAGUCUGCACACCAGGGCGGAGGCCGAGGCGCCCCGCGCCCCUGGCUUGCUGGGGUCCCGGGCCCGCCUGCCUCUGAAGCCGAGUAUCUGGGACGAGCCUGAGGACCUUCUCGCAGGGCCCUCCUCAGACCUGCGGGCAGAAGGGACUGUGAUCUCAGGCCCCAAGAGUCCGAGUGCUCAGAGAAUCAGUCCCCGAAGGAGAAACAAGAACACUGAACAGAGCGGCCGCCACCAGCCAUCCCUCAAGCACACCAAAGGUGGUACCCAAGAGGCUGUUUCAGGCAUCUCGGCAGCGCCGCGUGGGCCCCGAGGUGGGCGGCCCUUCCAGUGUGCUGACUGCGGGAUGGUCUUCACCUGGGUCACCCACUUCAUUGAGCACCAGAAGACCCAUCGCGAGGAAGGGCCCUUUCCGUGCCCCGAGUGUGGCAAGGUCUUCCUGCACAGCUCUGUCCUCACUGAGCAUGGCAAGAUCCACCUGCUGGAGCCACCCAGGAAGAAAGCCCCCCGGAGCAAGGGCCCCCGGGAGUCCGUCCCACCCAGGGAUGGAGCCCAGGGCCCAGUGGCCCCUCGCAGCCCCAAGAGACCCUUCCAGUGUAGCGUCUGUGGGAAGGCCUUCCCCUGGAUGGUCCACCUCAUUGACCACCAGAAGCUCCACACGGCCCACGGCCACAUGUGAAUGGCCAGCCUCGGGCCUCGGCCACUCGGCCACCCGGCCCUGAGUCCCUGGGGGGAGCUGAUGGGCCCCAGAAGAUGGGGGACAUCCCCCAGCCCCAUCAACCCCUGGCCACCUUGGGACUCCUCUUGAAGGACACAGGCUGUUUCUUGGAAGAUCCUGGACACCUGCUCCGAAGCCGAGCACGGGAUGGGGCUUCCCAGGGUCUCAGCUGAGAAGCAGCAGUUCCACAGCAUAGCCUGGUCAGUCCUGCACACUGUUGUUUUGCAAGUGGCUUGAAGAGGAGUUUCAUUCGCAUCUCAUCUUUCAGAAGCCUUGUCCAGGUCUCCCUGUGAGCACCUGACUCAGCGGCAGGUUCUGCCGCUGGGUUUUCAUUUCACUGUGGAUAUCCCUGAGGCCAUGAGGGCAGGAGCCAGCCUCGGCAGCUCCAACUCCAGAGAAGGGUACAGCUGACCCCGGCUGCCCUCCUGCCAGCUCAGCCCCCUUGGAACCUAACAGAUAAACAGGGUUUUGUUUUUUUCCUUUUUUGGGUAAAGUACAUGCAACAUAAAAUUUACCAUUUCAGUCAUUAAAAAUGAACAGUUCAGUGGC